CCAGAAUCAGGGAAGGAGCUGGAUGCCUCUGCUUUGCUGCUGGCCCCUGCACCAGGGACCGAGCUGUGCCAACCUCUGCCCGUGGAGCAGGACCCAGAGGAAGAGGAGCUGCUAAGACUGCCGUUGGCCAAGUACCCCGAGGAGCUGCUGGGACUGCUGGAUGCCGUGUACCCAAAGGAGACUGAGGACCCAGGAGCAACAAAACCCUGCAAAGAGAUCUUCCUUGUCAAAGUUUUCCAGCAUGUCAUCAGAAAAUACUGGAGAAUGGUCGGAGGCCUUGCGUGCAACCCCACAAAUCCAAGAAAUUACUAACAAGGUGAAGCCACAGCUGGAAGAAAAAGUGCAUAAGGAAUAUCCAGUCUUUGUAGCUGUAAUAUGUAGACAGCUGACCCUGUGUGGUGGAACACACUACCUCAUUAAGGUCUCCAUCAGCGACAGCACCGAUGAGUGUGUACACUUGUACGUGGUACAAACCUUAACUCGUGACCCACUGGAGCCAGAACUCAUCAAGUAUCAGCUGAAAAAAAAAAUAGCUGAUCCACUGGAGCCAUUUUGAUUUGAGAGGCUUUGGAUGGGCUCUUCUGUUUCUCUUUCUGCAGACUCCCAGCUCAUACCGCCA